UCCCACGUCAGAGCCCCAGCCUCGUGAUAGGAUGGUUUUGCUCACUCCCAUCCCCAGCUCCUGUGCAGAGCUUCUUGAUCAGAAGACCUGCUGAUGCAGCUGCCUCAACAGCCUCUCCCUUUUGCACUUUUAUUCUCGCUUUAUUGUCUCUCCCUUCUUGGCUUGGCCCCGUUUUCGACUGAAGAUGUUCAGCUCCUUGCCAGCAACCCCAGAGCUCCUUGGCAGCCUGAUGUUCUGUAAAGGCAGGGAAGCAUGGCUGCAUUUCACUUGACCUCUGUAGCAUUUCUGUAAGAUCUCCUCAUCGUUGCCCAAGGAGAUAAAGGACUAUGCAGAAAUUCAUUGAAGCAGAUUACUACGAGCUGGACUGGUACUAUGAAGAAUGUUCAGAUGUUUUAUGUGCUGAAAGAGUGGGCCAGAUGACUAAAACAUACAAUGACAUUGAUGCUGUUACACGUCUUCUUGAAGAGAAAGAGCGGGAUUUGGAAUUAGCUGCUCGGAUCGGCCAGUCAUUAUUAAAGAAGAAUAAAACUCUAACGGAGAGGAAUGAACUCCUUGAAGAGCAAGUAGAGCAUAUCAGAGAAGAGGUUUCUCAAUUGCGCCAUGAACUGUCAAUGAAAGAUGAACUGCUUCAGUUUUAUACCAGUGCUGCUGAAGAGAGUGAGCCAGAAUCGAUCUGUUCAACUCCGUUGAAAAGGAAUGAGUCAUCUUCAUCCGUCCAGAACUAUUUUCAUUUAGAUUCUCUUCAAAAGAAACUUAAGGACCUUGAAGAAGAGAAUGUUGUGCUUAGAUCAGAGGCCUGCCAGCUGAAGACCGAAACCAUUACCUACGAAGAGAAGGAACAACAACUUGUAAACGAUUGUGUGAAGGAACUCAGAGAUGCAAAUCUCCAGAUUGGCAGUAUAGCUGAAGAAUUGGCCAAGAAAACUGAAGAUGCUGCCCGGCAACAGGAAGAAAUUACACAUCUUCUUUCUCAGAUAGUUGAUUUGCAGAAGAAGGCAAAAGCUUGUACAGUAGAAAAUGAAGAACUUAUACAACAUCUGGGAGCAGCUAAAGAUGCCCAAAGGCAACUCACAGCAGAAUUACGAGAGCUGGAGGACAAAUAUGCAGAGUGUAUGGAAAUGCUUCAUGAGGCGCAAGAAGAGCUGAAGAACCUUCGAAACAAGACGAUGCCAAACGCCAUAUCACGCCGUUACCAUUCACUAGGCCUUUUCCCCAUGGAUUCUUUGGCAGCUGAAAUUGAAGGCUCAAUGCGAAAAGAACUUCAUCUGGAUGAUCCUGAAUCCCCCGACUUAACCCAUCACAAGAGAGUCUUUGAUACAGUUCGAAAUGUCAAUCAGGUGGUAAAACAGAGAUCCCUAACUCCAUCUCCAAUGAACAUCCCAGGAUCAAACCAGUCUUCAGCAAUGAACUCAGUUAUUUCUAGUUGUGUCAGCACACCACGGUCCAGCUUCUAUGGAGGAGACAUCUCCAAUAUUGUGAUAGACAACAAAACUAAUAGCAUCAUCCUAGAAACGGAAUCUACUGACUCUGGAAAUGAUGAAAAUAACAAAAAACCUGGAACCCCAGGAACACCUGGUUCCAGUGACCUCGAAAUAGCCCUUCGGAGGCUGUCUCUUCGAAGAGAGAACUAUCUGUCAGAACGGAGGUUCUUUGAAGAAGAACAAGAAAGAAAGCUGAGAGAACUGGCAGAGAAGGGAGAAUAUCAUAGUGGCUCCAUUACUCCAACAGAGAGCAUCAUGUCGUUGGGAACUCACUCCAGGUUUUCCGAAUUGACUGGAUAUUCAGGGAUGUCGAUCAGCAGUCGCUCAUACCUCCCAGAGAAGCUCCAGAUUGUGAAGCCCUUAGAAGGUUCUGCCACUUUGCACCACUGGCAGCAGCUUGCCCAGCCUCACUUGGGAGGCAUUCUAGACCCAAGGCCAGGGGUUGUUACUAAGGGCUUCCGGACUCUGGACCUUGACCUGGAUGAAGUAUACUGCCUUAAUGAUUUUGAAGAAGACGAGUCAGGUGACACUACAUACAAGGGUCUAGCUACCUCGACGCCGAUUCAGCACACCGAGACCUCAGGUGAGAGGUCCCAAGCACAAGUGACUGUUUCAGACAGCGAGAAUUACCCAAGUCGCUCUCAGGCUUUUCCAGAGGAGAUGCAGGAACCCGCGACUGACGAUGAUGAGGGGUCUGUACAUCAUCCGGGGAAGUGCAUGUCACAAACCAACUCCACCUUCACCUUCACCACCUGCCGCAUUCUGCACCCUUCAGAUGAGCUCACACGAGUCACUCCAAGCCUUAGUGCAGCACCUACUCCAGCUUGUAGCAGCAUUGGCAAUCUGAAAGGCACCCCAGUGGCUACCCCAUGCACACCUCGACGUCUGAGUUUAGUGGAAUCCUUCACUAACCUUCGGGAGUCCACAACUACGAUGAGCACAUCCUUGGGGCUUGUGUGGCUACUCAAGGAGCGUGGGAUAUCUGCGGCAGUGUACAACCCUCAGAGCUGGGACAGAGUUGGCAGAAGCACCCUCCUGAGCACAUACUCUCCCAAAAUGUCUGCCAUUCCUUCCACUCCUCCAAACUCGCCUAUGCAGACGCCCUCUUCUUCCCCGCCAUCUUUUGAAUUCAAAUGCACGAGUCCUCCUUACGACAAUUUCCUUGCUUCCAAGCCAGCCAGCUCCAUCCUAAAGGAGGUGAGAGACAAAAAGAGUAUCAGGAACAGUGAAAGUCAGACUGAUGUAUCUGUCUCCAAUCUUAACCUAGUGGACAAAGUAAAGAAGUUUGGAAUUGCCAAAGUAGUUACUUCGGGACAACCACAAACUCCUUCACUAAUGGAUGAACACGGACCUCGGCUUUGUGGGGCACAAAGGCCAGUUAAAGCCUUUGUUCCUGGAGGCCUGAUGCCAGAAGGCCUGCCCUUGGGUUGUCCUGCUGUAGCACAUCCUAUUGGGGGCAUUCAGUUGAACAGUGGCAUUAGGAGGAAUCGAAGCUUCCCAACUAUGGUGGGUUCCAGCAUGCAGAUGAAAGGGCCAUCCACGUUAACACCUGGCCUCCUAAUGGGAGCUAAGCUUCCCAAACAGACGAGCUUACGAUGAGUGACCUACCGAGCACCCUUCUUCAGACAUUUUUUUUUAAAAAAAAUUCUUCCAUUUGCUGUUGAGUUUAACAAUUCAAUUUUGUGCCUAAUGGAGGGGGGAAUGUGUAAACUUUGUAUAUGAAUGUAAAUAUGUACCAGAUGUAUAAUAAGUGAAUCAUGACAUGGUUUUGACAAUUUAACAUGCUAACCUUUUGAAAGGCUGUAUUGUUUUUCUUUGCACUGAAAAAAAGCAAUCCUUGGUUGAAAAAAAAAUGAUGAAUUUUCUAGUUAACUUAGCUUGACCUUGUACCUCCUCUGGAAGGGGUUAGCGAUCAUGCUAUCAGAAUUGUGGAAUGCUAAUGCACAUAGUAACUUCCAUAAACACAAAGAGACUUUGUUGUACAUCAAAGCAGUAACUUAGCCUUUUGACCAUUUUGUUUUGCCUUUGUGGAGGGCUCAUGGCUUAUUUGCCUGACUUAUUUAAACUUUUUUUCCUUGACACAAUACACUUGAAAUAAUUGUGUGUUGAGAAUGAUUGCUAAGCCUGCUCGAUGCCUGGAAAGGGAACACACUUCUGCUGUUGUUUCUUGCACAUCCAUGUUCUGUGUUAAUUUUAUUUUCAAUGCUGCACUGGAAUGUGGAAGGAGGAGAGCUUAAAAUCGUGUUUUGUUGCAGACACUGAAAACAGAUGCCUCUCAAAAACAAAACAAGCUCCUUGGAAUUGUUUCUUGCUCUGUAAGGUUUUAACCACUUCUAUCUUGGGAGCCAAAGUCAUUGAAAUAAUGUAUUGUAGACAUGGUUAAAAAUCUUAAUUUCAACAAACAUGUUAUAAAAGGUGUCCUUCAAAUAAUAUUUAACAGGGGUACUCAAGUGAAAGAGAAUGAGAUUUUCAGCUGCUUUGCAUUUCUCCUCUCCCAAUUUGAAGUGUUAAAUAGGAUCCUGUGGGUUGUCUUCUAGACAGAGUUAGAAUAUUUCUGUUUUAACUGCUGUUCUACCCGUUUCCAUCAAACCCUAGUUGCAUAGUUACCAGAUAUUCCUAGCCAAAGAUUUAAUAUUAUCUACCCUAACAUCUUUGAAAGUAUUCAGCAUCUGGGCUUUUUCUUCACCACAUGGACCAAACACUAUAUUGCAUGUAAACAAUAUGUGUUUAAGCUGUGGUCAGUAGAAACAAGCCAAGAUGGAACAGUAGCUGUAGUUUAAACACAGUGCGUUCUGAUGUAACAGGGAGCUCUGUUUAGUUUCACUUAUCAAAAUAGGAGAGGUUAGAUCAAUUUUGAGCUCAGGAUUCGUUGAAAUAUUGCUUAGCAUUUUAUCCAAAAAUGGACGAAUGUAUAAAAACUUGAAAUGAUGCCUUUAAGGCACUGAGAGCAGAUAGGAAGAGAAUAUAUAACUUGAUACCUGCCAAAUGUUCUAUACCACAACAUGCUUAAGCUCCAGCCAAGCAUGGACAGUGGUUAAGGUUGGGCAGGCCAUAAUAUCUGGAGGGUACCAGCUUGCCUAGUCCUGAAGAAGAAGGAGGAGAAGUAUAAUGUACCAUUGAGUUCUUCUGUGAAACCCCUUUGAAAUGAGUGAGAGUUGUACCAAAAUGACCAUCUACAACAGUGGUUCUCAACCUGUGGGUCCCCAGGUGUUUUGGCUUACAACUCCCAGAAAUCCCAUCCAGUUUACCAGCUGUUAGGAUUUCUGGGAGUUGAAGACCAAAACAUCUGGGGACCCACAGGUUGAGAAUCACUGAUCUACAACUUUGAUUCAUUUCGGCAGGGUCCAUACAAGAGAACUUUUUUGUGUGUUAUUUUUGAGUUUUAUUUUGGGAGCAGUAUGGGUUGUGUGGUUGGCUGUUGUUGUUCUGGGCUAAUCUGAAACCAAACCCACUUAUUUAUUUUGAUGCCAGUAUUGCACUACAUGUAAUUGCUGUGCAUUGCCAUUGUGCCAGACUGUUACUAAAAUCAUUAGCACUGAUAAUUAUUUGAACUAAUGGAACUGUAGGUUUUUUUUUUAAUAAUAAGUGACAGAUGAGUCCAUUUUCUUUAAAUGAAGUAGCUAGCAUUGAUAUAGUAGUGAACUUCCAAGAAUGUUAUGAGAAGAGCAAGAGUGGAGAUGAUCACAUGCAGCACCCAUUGCAUGUGUUUUCGGUUUCUAUUUAUUCUACAAACAUUUCAGCACAUUUGCAUUGGCUCUACUUGCCAACUGUGUGCGCGCACUUGACUGCAAGUAUGUAACUUUAUCUUUUUAUCUGAAUGUAUCUUAAUACAAAAUUAACCAUUUUGAAUAGUUUGAAAAAUCAUGAAUGUAUUAGGACCUUUUGAUGUACCCAGAGAAAACAAUAUCAUUUGUGGAAUAAAAAAAGGAGAACCAAAAUAUGAAAUUGGAAAGUAUUGUUCUUUACUCUUCUUAAAUAAAUAGCCAACCAUUAUAAAAUGAAGCCACAGCACACUGGAAAACUGCAGUUAUAUUUUCUUCACAAAUGAAUAUCAAUAAACCAAUAAAGGUUCUGUUGUGGCUUA